GAAGCAACUCGGGCAACUCUUAAAAUGUCUGGAAGAGGCAAAGGAGGCAAAGGUCUUGGAAAAGGAGGUGCAAAGCGUCACCGCAAAGUUCUCCGUGAUAACAUCCAGGGUAUCACCAAGCCUGCAAUCCGUCGUCUGGCUCGCCGUGGAGGGGUCAAGCGUAUCUCUGGUUUGAUCUAUGAGGAGACUCGUGGUGUGUUGAAAGUAUUCCUGGAGAACGUCAUCCGUGAUGCUGUCACCUACACCGAGCAUGCCAAGAGGAAGACCGUGACUGCCAUGGAUGUGGUCUAUGCCCUCAAGAGACAAGGCCGUACUCUGUAUGGCUUCGGAGGCUAAACAUUUCACUCAACCUUACAAACACAAAGGUCCUUUUAAGGACCACACACUCGUUCUACUGAGAAUGUUCCUUUCAAUGACUUACAACUGCUAUACUAUUGUAUUUGAUUACUAUUUUGCAGUAUAUUUAGUUAUGCACCACAUAGUAACACAAAGCAAAUGUGAUUUAUAAAGACCUUAAAA